AUGGCAGAUAUUAAGCCGAUCUCAAAAGACGACGGGAAUUGCAGUAGCAGCGAAGAAACACCAGCGCAAAAGAAAUUUGAAAAGACCAUUGAAACAACAACAACGCAAACAAAUCGAAUUGCAGAAAUUACAAUGUCAUCGUCGUUGCUGUCUUCGAUAGAGAAAUUAAAGGGAAGGGAGAAUUACUCAUCGUGGAAGUUCUCAAUUGGAAGCUACCUAGCAAUCGAAGACUUGUCGAAGUGCUUCACAGGCGAAGAGACAGACUUAUUGCAAAAAAAUACCACAAAUGACUUUGCAAACUCAACGCCCAAAUGUGUUUGUGAUGGAGCUUUGGUUCCACGCUUGAGUGAAAAUGGUAAAGUGCUGGAGAUAUGCCCAGAAAGCAAAUGCCAGCAUGAAGCGCGCAACACCACACUUAUAAAGGUCGUUGUCAUCGUUGUUAUUUGGAUUAUAUCAAUUCUGGUGAUAUACAUGCUCUUCCUCAUUUGCUUGGAUCCCUUACUCAACAAACGUGUUAAAGCGAAUUAUCAGGAACACACAAACGAAGAUGACGACGCAAGUGCUACUGCCCCACCAUUACCAACCGGCAUGGUAAAUCAAGAGUUGAACUCGCGUGCCAAUGUAUUGAAUCGUGUUGGCCAUCAGACGGAUAAGUGGAAGCGCCAAGUACGCGAACAACGUCGUCACAUCUAUGACCGACGCACAAUGUUGAACUAAAUUUUUGAAAUUUGAAUAUCAAUCGUAUUCAACAUUAUUAUUUUUGAAUUUAUCUUAAUUAAGACAUGUCAAGUGUAAUCGGUAUAUCUCAUGAAAAUUUAUAUACAUACAUGUCAUCACCAGCAGCAA